ACAUUAUACAGAUAUCUAUUCAUCUCUGUUGUGUGUGUGUGUAUAUAUGUAUAAUUAAUUAGUGAGUUUUCGGUUUUGCUGGUGUGUAGUUUCAUUUAUUAAUUUCAAUUACUUUACUUAUAUAGUUAACUUUAUUUACUACUUACCAUAUUCAUUUAGAAGAUUCGUCAUAACGCUUAAUUACAUCCUCUUUAAAUUUGCCAGUUAUUGUUGCUAUUAAUGCGAACAAUAAUAUACUUGCUCUUUAAAUAAAUAUCUGUAGAGAGUUUGUAAGUUAAAGCCUCUUUUUAAUUUUAAUCAUAUAAUUUGUGCAUCGCGUUAGUGAUUUUUAUUAUUAUUAAGCACGAUGGCUACAUUGGAUGAUAAAAUAUUGGGCGAGAAAUUACACAACUAUUGUAGCAGUAGUGAAGAUGAAGGCGAAUCUGAUUAUGAAGAUAGUCGAAGCGGCGAUGAGGAAGGCAAUCCUCCUAAGCCCGAGGUUUGUGCUGAGCAGCCGUCUAUUAAUAACUGGACGGGUUCUGCUAGUAAUACUGGGCCCAAAGGCGUUUUGGAAGAUUGGAGAAGAUUCAAACAGUUAGAGGCGGAAAAUCGGGCAGAACUGGAAAAAGAACGGAUUGCACUCGCGAAAAAACUCACUAUGUCUGUCAGAACACAAAGAGAAGAAGAACAAGUUAAAGAAACUGACGAAUUGGAAGAUGAAUUAAAUGAGUUAAUUGAUGAAGGUUUUCUAAUGAAAUACCAGCAGCAGAGAAUGCAGGAGUUGAUGUCACAGUUACAGAAAACUCCUAAAUUUGGUAAAGUUGUUACAUUAAAGAGCCAAGAGGAGUUUUUGAAUGCUAUUGAUAAAGAAGAUCCCAAAGUGACUGUUGUUAUUCAUAUAUACAGCAAUAAUGUUGCAUGCGAGACAAUGGAUGGUUGUCUGAAUGUUUUGGCAGUUGAUUACCCAACAAUGAAGUUCUGCCGGAUAUCAGCAGAUAUAACAGGCCUCAGCAGGCAUUUCCGUGUGGAAGGUACACCUGCAUUGCUGGUAUAUAAAGCUGGUCAAAUUAUUGGUAACUUUAUUCAGCUGGCUACUGAGCUUGGCAAUGAUUUUUUUGCGACAGACAUUGAGCGCUACCUUAUAGAAUAUGGAAUGUUACCAGAAAAGUAAUUUUUUUUUUCAAAACUAUUUCCUUUAUAAAACUAACUUAACAACUUUAUUGAUAAUUAUUUUAGAAUUAAUUAGAUAAGGGAAAAUGUUCACAAAAAAUUUCAUGAAUAAUGUGAUUCAAUCAAGUUUUAAAUACUGUAUGUACUGCCAUAUUUUACUUAAGAUGUGUGUCUGAUUGGUUGGAGGCAUUUAAAAUAUAAUAUUUUUAAUAAGUAGAAGUUUUAACUAUAAACUUAACUAUAAUUUUUGAGGCUGUAGGUAUGAAAUGAAUAGUAAAAUUAGUUUUGUUUUCUUCUUUUUUAAAGGUAAUUAAGUUUUGCUGAAAUUAUCACAGAAACACUAAAUGAAAUGACCUAACAACAAAUCAAAUAAUUUGAUGAAUGUUUUUUUUUAUUUGUACUAUGAUCUGAUUAUAUCCCUACAUUAUGUUAUUGUCUUCUCAAUUAUCUCUGGCAUGAUUUUAGUACAAUAUAGCUUGUGCAAGGGACCAGCUUGUGUAAUAAAAACUUGUCUGUGGUUUUGUUGAAAUUUUUUACAUUGAACCAUACCAUCGUAAUGUUUAAAAAACUCAUUAACUACCUCUUAUAAGUUUCAAAAUGAAAUUAAAAUUAUUUGAAAUAAA